AUCAACUCAGUUGAUGGUUUACGAAAUGAGAAAAUACAAGUAUUUUCAAAUCAGAAAUCAAACGUAGUGCACAGUGAGUUAUUGAUGUUAAAUCGAGAAAACUGUUUUUAAAAAAUUGAUACGUAUAACUUCACAAUUCGACAAUAUGGAUAAAUUUCGCGGAUAUUUUUGGUCUUUUUUGGUGCUUCUCAACUUCCUGUCUUUUGUCUUCUGCCAAUCUGAGACCACUUGUCUCGAAGGUGAAAAAGCCAAACAAUACAAUGAACGAUUGACUCAAGAUCAUAAUAAGUACAGAAGCCUUCAUGGAACACCUCCUCUGGAAGCAGAUGACAAAUUAAUGGAAGGAGCUACGCAAUGGUCUAGAAAACUGAUAACCGAGGAUAAAUUUGAACACAGUCACGGUGAAGAUGGAGAAAACCUUUAUACGGAGUCUUCCACAGAUCCUCUAACUGAGGCAGAAAUCGAUGCAGUCAAGCCAUGGUACGAUGAAAUAAAGCUGUACACGAAGCCAGAGUUCAGUGCCGAGACAGGGCAUUUCACUCAGGUGGUUUGGAGAGAUACCCGUAAGGUGGGCUGCGGCUUGUGUUCAAAACUUGAUAAUGGCAUGACAAAGGUGAUGGUCACUUGUAGAUACUCUCCAAAGGGUAAUAUUCGGGGCCAAUUUAAAGAAAAUGUACCUGAUCUGCUGAAAUCAGGCGCAUCAACUGCUAACUCUGAAGAAACAUCUUUGACUGAUACUACGGAGGAGCAGACAAUCGAUACAGAAGUUGACACAUUUGAUCCUUCGCAUUUUACACCUGUCUAUCAAUCAAGUAGAGCUUCGAGUAGUACAGGAACUGGAGCUUCUUCUAUCGGUACAGAUACUUCGUCAUUUGCAACUUCACAAUUGACAACUGGCUCUGGAGAAACUGGUAGUACUUCAGGUAGUAUAGAAACUUCUUUUUUCGGUACAGAAACUUCCUCAUUUGCAACUUCACAAUUGACAACUGGUUCUAUAGAAACUACUUCGUCCAGUAAAGAAACUACUACUUCACCUAGUACUGGAGGAACUGCUACAACUACAACUAGUACUUCUAAACCAACAACUGACAGUACAAAAACUACUUCUAAGGGGACUACAACGGCUACAACUGCACGACCGGAUGAAAAUUCGAAUUGGAUUGAAGAAAUAUUAUUUGUUACAGUGUUGGUUGUACUAAUUUUAUGUUUAGUACCAUUGGGUAUUCUGCUGGUGCUUCUGUAUAAGCAGAUGAUCUAUUUGCGAUGAUUUUGUAAUAUUACAAUGUGAAUAAAUAUUUAUUAGUCGGCUUA